AUGCGUUCCCGUAGCAACAGUGUGGAGGACCUUGUACAGGCCAAGCCUUCAUCGCAGAGGCCGCAGCAGCAGCAGCACACGCGAUCCCGCCGGCGGGCCGCGGAGCACGAGGAACCUUCCGGAAGAGGCCCGGGGCAGCCUCGGCAGCGGGAGCCACCGGAUGACGCGGCCACCAUCCAGAGGAACCACAAGAGUGGCAGCGGUGGCAGCAGCAGCAGCAGCAGCGGGCACAGCAGCGGCGGGCACAGUGGCAGCGGCGGGCACAGCGGCGGUGGGCAGCAGCAGCGGGCCAGGGCGGCGUCGGCGGGGAAGGGCAGGGACCUCUCACGUGACGACCUCCUCUUCCUGCUCAGCAUGCUGGAGGGGGAGCUGCAGGCCCGGGAUGAGGUAAUUACGGUGCUGAAGGCUGACAAGAUCGACCUGGCCGUGCUGGAGGCCAAGUAUGGGUUUGUGACCCCGCAGAAGGUGCUCCAGUCCCUGCAGAGAGACGCCAUCCAGAGAGGGGACGGAUGGAAGGAUGACAUCUACGAGAAGCCCAUGGAUGAGCUGGACAAGCUGGUGGAGAAGCAGCGCGAGACGUACCGGCGCAUGCUGGAGCAGCUGCUCAUCGUGGAGCAGUCCCACCGGCAGACCAUCUACAAGCUGGAGGACGAGAAGAUGAACCACAGCGAUUUCAUGAAGAAGAGCGACGAGUUCACCAACCUGCUGGAACAGGACCGGGAGAGACUAAAGUUGCUGAUAGACCAGGAGAAGGCCUACCAGGAGAGAAAGGAAGAAGAGCACCAGAGAAAACUGUCCAGUCUGCAGGAGGAGCUCACCAAGCUCAAGUCAUUUGCCCUGCUGGUCGUUGACGAACAGCAGCAGCUCACAGAACAACUCACUCAACAGACAGCGAAGGUCCAGGAGCUGACCGCUUCCGCCUCCCAGGCACAGGAGGCCCUCAGCUCAGCCCAGGCACUGACCCAAGAGGAAGAGAGCAAAGUCCUCCAGUUAGAGACAGAGCUCCGUGACCAAGCCACUCGCUUCCACCAGGAGGAGGAAGCCAUGACUGCCAAGCUGAUCAGCGAGGAUGCCCAGAACAGACAGCUCCGCCAGAAGCUGUCGACCCUCAGCCGGCAGCUGGAUGAGCUGGAGGAAACCAACAAGACCCUUCGCCGGGCCGAGGAGGAGCUCCAGGAGCUGAGGGACAAGAUCGGCCGGGGGGAAUGUGGCAACUCCAGCCUGGUCUCUGAGGUGGAGGAGCUGAGGAAGAGGGUCAUGGAAAUGGAGGGCAAAGAUGAGGAGCUGAUCAAGAUGGAGGACCAGUGUCGUGAUCUCAACAGAAAGCUGGAGAAGGAGGCCAGCCAGAGCCGAAGCCUGAAGGCAGAGGUGGACAAACUCAAUCAGAGGAUCACAGAGCUGGAGAAGUUGGAAGAUGCUUUUGGUAAAAGCAAACAGGAGUGCAGCACACUCAAAUGCAACCUGGAGAAAGAGAGGACUGUGACUAAGCACCUAUCGAAUGAGUUGGAUGCCCUCAAGGUCAGGAUAAAAGAACUUGAGACCAUUGAGGGCCAGCUGGAGAAGACCGAGCUCACACUGAAAGAGGACCUCACCAAGCUGAAGACUUUUACAGUCAUGCUGGUGGACGAACGUAAGACUAUGGCCGAAAAGCUGAAGCAAAUGGAAGACAAGCUGCAGAACAGCACUAGUAAACUACAGGCAGAGCAAGACAAGGUCACCAGUGUGACUGAGAAACUGAUUGAGGAGAGCAAGAAAGCCCUGAAAGCCAAGGCUGAGCUGGAGGAGAGGAUGCACAGUGCCACCAAGGACAGAGAUGAGCUCAGAUCCAAGCUCAAGGUGGAAGAGGAGAAGAGCAACGACCUACAGUCCAAGCUUACUAUGAUGAAGAAGCGGGUGCAGUCUCUCGAGGCUGUGGAGAGGGAAGUCAUGAGAAACCGAGCCAAAGAGGAGCACAUCAAGUCACCUACCCCGAACCGCUUCCAGCAGGAGGAUAACAAGAUCAAGGAUCUCACCCAGGAAGUGGAGAGGCUGAGGAGGAAACUCAAGGAGAUGAGGGUCGUUGAAGAUGAUCUGCUGAAGACAGAGGAUGAGUUUGAGACACUGGAGAAACGAUACUCCAAUGAACAGGAGCGAGCAAAGGUCUUGAUGGAGGAGCUGGAGAUCUCCAGGAAUGAGCUGUCCAAGUACCAGCUGGCAGAGAAGGAGUCCUCCAACCAGGAACAUAUGCUUUACAAGCGCCUUAAAGAGGAAGAGGCAAAAUCCAGCCACCUUACCAGAGAGGUGGAGGCCCUAAAGGAGAAAAUCCAUGAGUUCAUGGGCACGGAGGAGUCUAUCUGCCGUGUGAAAUCAGAUCACACCGUUCUUCAGAGAAGGCUGACCCAGCAAGAGGUGAGAAACAAGGAGCUGGCCAGAGAGAUGGAGAACCUCACCCGCGAACUGGAGAGAUACCGUCGCAUCAGCAAAACUUUACGGCCAGGCAUGAACGGCAGACGGUUCUCAGACCUGCACGUCUCCACAAAAGAGGUGCAGACUGACCCGACGGACAUCCUACCCCCGAACUACAAGAGCUUAGCUCCACUGGAAUGUGCUGUGGUGAAUGGGAAACUAUAUGAAGAGAGCGACCCUGAAGACGACCCUAAUUACAAUGAGGUUCAUAUCACUAAAGGUAACGCCUCCCUUAUCAACAAUGUCAACAACCUGAACAACAACAUGAGGCGAGCAAGGGUUCCCUUCAUGAAAACCAAAGAAAACCAACACCCAGUUAACGGCAAAGUAUCCCCAAGACAGAAUGGGAACCAUGGCCAACAAGGGGAUGUGUUUCUGACACACAGCCCUGGUCAGCCUCUGCACAUCAAAGUCACACCGGAUCAUGGCCACAACACGGCGACCCUGGAGAUUACCAGCCCCACCACUGAGAAUGCUCAGUCCUACACCAGCACUGCAGUCAUCCCCACAAGUGGUGCUCCACCCAAGCAACGAAUCACAAUCAUCCAGAACACAUCCAUCACCCCUCCCAUGAAAACCAAAGGCUCCACGUCGUCGGACAGCCCCUGCAGUCCAGACCAAGCCAUGUCUCCCUUCACCAUGGCGGCCUAUUCCCGAGCGAUGACCCCUGACUCCUCGGGGUCAGUCACUCCUGACAGAGCCAUGUCCCCCAUCCAGAUUGUCUCUGUCACCACAGGCACCCCAGAUCGUUCCCAGCCUGCAGAGCCGUUGGAGGUGACCGGUAGCCAUGCCGUUUUCCGUGUCAGCCCAGAAAGGCAGAACAGCUGGCAAGUCCAAAGGUCCAACAGCACAGGCUCAAACGUGAUCACCACUGAGGACAACAAAAUCCACAUUCACCUAGGGAGCCCUUACAUUCAGGCCGUUAACAGCACCUCUAGGCCCAUGAGCCCCUGUUGUUCACCUGGGCAGGAGCAAAGAACUCCGGUGUUAACCAAUGGCACUCCCGCCAAAGGCAACAACAAAAUCACCAGUAGCAUCACUAUAAAACCCACUUCCUCCCCACUUCCGCGGCCACAGAUUACAGUAAGUAACAUCUAUGACUGACCCAGUUCACCAAGCAUCCCUACCCACCCACACCUUAGAGUAGUAAUUUAUCCAACCCCCAACUCCAAUCCAUGUGCCCAAUCCUAUACAAUCCAUUUUGUGUUAACCCUAAACCCUCCUCCUGUUUAGUUUUACUUGAUCAUAUUAUACCAUUUAGAAUGUUCAACCACAGCACUUUUUUGUUUGUUUGUUUGUUUGUUUGUUUGUUUGUUGUUUGUUUGCAUUGUUUAGUCAGACAUUGGGGGAAUAUACUGUAUGUGUCUGCAUGACCAAAAAGUGCGGGGAGAAAGGAUGAACUAAAGCGGGAUAACUAAGUGAAAGUUCUAGUAUACUAAACUUCAUUUUAGCCUUGGCUGUCUUGUGUGUGCACUUACUGUACUUGCUUUUCAUGAGAAAUUACCAUGUACUGAGACUAUUCACGGAUGUACCUUUUAUUUUGCUUAUGCAUCAUAUAUACACAUAAAUGACUUGCAUUUGUUAUGUUGAAUAUUUCUUUUCUAAUAAUUAAAACAGUUAAUGUUGUUA